CGCUAUUUUCAAAACGCCUUUUAGUUUUUUUGUCUAUAGUGGCUCACCGUACCCUGUAUUUGAGUCUGAUAGCGUCUAGUUGAAUAUACAUGCUGCCAGAUGCAAGCAAUGAACAUGGUUGGAAAGCUUUCUCAGUUCCAAGCCAUCUCAUCUUCAAGGACCAAUGCCUAGAAUCAACAAGAGCCUGGUUCUUGCCCUUCUCAUUGCAACAAGCUCGAUAUUUCUGCUAUUCCAGUUGUAUUAUUACCGACAAUACAUAUCAAAGAAUGGACUACACGUUUUCGGUGGUAAAGGGUCCUUGUCAGGCACUGAUGCACAAAGGUACCUGACAGUGAAGUUCCUUGGGCUGGUGCACAAGUAUAGCCUGCCUGUCUUCAUGGUGGACACUGUGUCACUGGACCUGAUCACCCAAGAUGCUCUUCUGCUGAAGGAGAGCAAGUUGAAAGAGCCCCACUGCAUGUUCCUGUGUACCCACAGAGAAUUCACAACCUUUGCCCUGAUGGGAAACCUCUGGAAGUACGAUGUUGGUCUGAUUGAAGCAGCUGAGGAACGGGGUAUGGAGGUCCUCGAGAUCCGAGGGAAAGACCCCCGGCUCGUCAGCAUGGACGACCUGGCAGGAAAUGACAUUCCACUCCACUUCCUGUUCAAGAUGAACGGCCGGCUGGUGCACCUGGUGGUCCUGUACGAGCGCAGCGGGAACUACCUAUGGCACGGCCCCCUCAGACUGAAGCCUAGCAUGGACAGGAAGUUUGCCCCCUUCAAGAAGUUGGAUUUUGGCCGCUACGCUGGAGCAUACAAUAGGCCUGAGUUGGUCCUGACGACGUUGGACGGUCUGGACGUGCGAAUCCCGCGAAACUUCUCAUAUUUCUUGAAGGAACAUUCCGAGGCUCGUUUUCUCGAGUGCCCCUAUCGAGAGGCCCGUGCAUUCUACCAGCUGUAUCCAGACGACCUUUCACCAGAGGCCAUGGACUUCAGGAUGAAGGCCAAGAGUCUGCUGCACCUGGCCGCUAGAACGCUGUAUGAGCUUGGAGUUCCCUUUUGGCUCAGCAGUGGAACAUGCUUAGGCUGGUUCAGACAGUGCAGUAUUAUCCCCUACAGUAAAGAUGUAGACCUGGGGAUCUGGGUCAAGAACUACAGACAUGACAUCACACACGCGUUUCAGAAAGCGGGGCUCCCACUCAAGCACAAGUUUGGAAAGGUCGAGGACAGUCUGGAGCUGUCCUUCCAAGGCUUAGAUGUGAAGCUGGACAUCUUCUUUUUCUAUGAUGAAGGAGAGACUGUGUGGAAUGGAGGCACGCAGGCAAAAAGCGGCAAGAAAUUCAAAUAUGUGUUCCCCAGAUUUCAGCUGUGCUGGACAGAGCUGCUGGAGCUGAAGGUGCGUGUGCCGUGUCAGACUCUGGACUACGUGCAGGCCAACUACGGCUCCGACUGGAACGUUCCGGUAAAGGCCUGGGACUGGAAGAGCUCUCCACCCAACGUGCAGGAGAACGGCGUUUGGCCCGUGCGCGAGUGGGACGAGGUCAUCCAGGUCUACUGAGAACGGCCAGCGUUCUAUUGCUGGCAAUAGAUGUGGUACAACAAGACUGUGAGCAGCUCCGUGGCUGCUGCACUUUCUACUAAGGAGCCUUUCCACUGAUGAACUGUUACUCGAGUCUGCGUGUUCAAGCCCUGUCCGAGUCCUCAUGGGUUCAAACAAUGUUCAAAUUCCUCAACACAAGACAGUGAUAUACCUCCUAUAUCCACUCCCUCCCUCUUGCACUUGCACUACUCAGUAGUACCUCAGACAGGAGGGGGAGAGAUAUGAACUGUGCAAAGACAUAAACCUGUGGAAUAAUUGUCAAUAUUUAAGAGACAAUUAAAGCUAAUUAAAGUUGCCUGGCCUUAGUGGACAGGUCAGGGACUGCAUACGCUCUCCGCACAGGCAUAACAAUUAUAAAAAAUAAUGGCAAGAUACUUGUAAUUAAAAACAAAAUGGCUAUAAUUUAUUUGACUGAAAACGGUGAAUUUCAUAACUUUUUUUCUUUCUCUGUAUAUAUAUAUGUAUGUCUUAACACUGUAUUUGUGUCAUUUUGAACACCAUUUUGGAUGGUGGUAUCAUGUUUUAAAUAUGUAAAUGAUAACAGGAGCUCUGGAAAUAAUGAAUAACUGCAGUAUUUGGUGGGUUUGGUGAUCCAUGCUACGUAUUUGGAUGUGAGAGUCCCAGUACAGACUGUAAUGUGAAGAGGCCCUAGAGAGGAUCUGCAGUGUUCAGAAAGGAAAUGUAGAUUACAACUAGAUGUUACACUAGUAAAACUUGAUUCUGUAAUAUUCUGUAUUUCCUCUCUCUGCAGCAUAUACAGUAACAGGAAUAGGAAUUUCUGUUUCUUUUGGUUGCUGUUGCAUGAUAACUAAUCCAUUUAAAUGUGUUCUAAGAAAUUAUUUGUAUUAUUUGUCAUAAUGUUACCAUUUGACUAAAUGUACCUCCACAUCUCAGAAUGAUCAUGACCCAUGUUCCCUACCGCACUGAAAAAUAUGUCCCCUGUUGUUUCAUUUGGAAGAGAAAAGCCUGCCUUUGUUUGAAUACUGUGUUGUGGUUGCCUUCACUUUUGGCCAUCUUUCUGAAAGUCUACCUGCUCUGAGCUAUUUAAAUGUUGAAUGGAGAAGGAGGUCACUCUUGUGUGUGCCAGCUGGGAAUGAAAGUUAACAUAAAAACUAGAUGUACCGUGGCGUCUAGUGGCACAUAACAUGACGUAACAUGCCCACCAAGCUUCAUGUUACCCUGUGUUUCAGUGUCCCAGGAGUCGCUGAGCAGAAAUCUGGAGAGAAAAAACGUUGACUAGUUUGACGGCUAGUGGCAGUUUGUGUGAGCAUAGCACACAAAUUCUGUUCCUCUUUUGCUGGAACCAAUCAAUAACUGGCUUAUCCACCAGACGCACCCGAAUUAUUUGUCUAAUUCAAGGACUAUCCCAGCGUACAGUCAUUUGAACUAUGCCCAUUGAUCACGCCUCUUGUGCAGACAGUAGAAAUACAGUGCAGACUCCCCAGACUAAUGUUCAGGCUCAGAAGAUUGAGCUUGGUCUAGUGAUAGCCAGGCUAGUGCUCUUUAGUAUUUAAUGAGGAUUUCAUUCUCAUCAAAAUCGUCACCAAAUAAAUCAUUUAACUUCAUUCACCAAUAAUGAAGUAAAGUACUGUAGAAAUUGCUGAAAUGUCUAACAGUGCAGAUUAACAAUAAAACUAGA